AUGUUCGAUAGGCUGACCGGUAACGGAAACGGUAACAAAGUGAAUAUGCGAAUUCAUGUGCUGGAGCAGAUUCUGUCGUCAAUCGAAACGGACGGCAGUUCAGCACGGGUGAUUGGUGAUGCUCAUUCUCCAUUUCGAUUGCAAAGUCAGGAAAUGAGCGAAGUGAAUUCGUUACGACAGGUGAUAAGGCGUAACAAAGCAGAUAUGGCCGACGAUGCAGGAAAAUCGCUUGAUUUGAUGCGAAGAGUGAGUUUUGAAGAUAUACUGAUGACAUCUACGAUAUUUUACCGAGCGCUGCAGAAUCAUGUUGUGGAUCAGAACGUUAUCAACGACCUCUGCACUAGUAUCCUGGAUGCGGCGAAAGUCCCGUUCAUGAGGGAUCGCGCUGCUAACGUGAAUCGCAAUCGAGUGAACUCGGAAAGGAGCAAGAGAGAAUAUGAGUCGGAUGAAUCUGAUGUUAGCAUACUCAGUAAAUCAAGCGACAUGAAACGAAGACGUGGAAGACCUCGAAAGUAUUCCUGCGAUGAAGAGGAUCGUUCACUUUUGAUGGAGGAAAAGAAGCUGUCAAGGGGAGUCGGUCGGUGCUAUCUGAUGAUAAUGGACGACAUUAAGGAAUUGCUUGGUCGAUCGUAA